AUGGGCCUCUUGGACCGGAUUCGCCGCCCUCGAGCGAGUGCGGGGAGCGCGUCCGACACAUUCUCCCCGGACACGUUCGGGCCUGACUGGACCAGACGCCUCCCCCGGCCGGUAUUGACGCGCAUUUUCGUCUUUGUCUGUCCUCAUGCUGUCGACAACUCUUAUGACUCCUCCGAGGAGUCCAUGACCGAUGAUUGUAUGCUGUGCGAUAUGCGCGACCUGGCGCAUUGCGCGUUGGUGUCCAAGCGCUGGUUUCUCGAAGCUCGCGCACUCCUCUAUACAAAUGUCCGCAUCGACCCCGUCCACUACUGUGAACUCGAAGUGCAACUGGCUGCCAAGCGGAAGCGCCGCUCUUUCUUUGACCGCAACGGAGAACCUAUCGAUGCGCCGCAGGUCCGCCUUACGCAGUUCAUGCGAUCUGUUCGAGAAUCACAGGUUCUGGGGAAUAUGGUUCUGUCACUCCGGAUGCCCUACAUGACCCGGGAGGCCAACAAGGCCGAUGUUGCGCGCACCAUCUCCGUUCUACCUCACCUACGCUUUGUCGAUCUGCCCACUGGCCUGUUCAGUGACGAGCCUUCAUGUUUAGCGCUCAAGCAAGAGUUGAUGGCCCGAUGUCCCGAUAUUCGUCGCAUGACUUAUCGCCGUGGCGCCGAGGGAAGCUUCGCGCGUCUGCCUGGGAGCCAACUCUGGGCCAAUCUGGAGGUUCUGGAGUUGUCGGGUGUACAGUUAGAAGCGGGAAUUCUCCGUAGCAGUCUGGCCGCAUUUCCCAGGCUUCGUGAUCUUACUCUUGAGGAUCUUGAUUGGCUCGAUGACGACGCAUUUGCCGUGACUCCGACCAUCCAACCGUUCCCAGAAGUUCAGCGACUCACACUUCGAGAUAACCCGAAGAUCACGGCAAGCGGGCUUGCCACACUUCUUUCUCUUCCAGGAAAUCGAACUGCUUUGCAUUCUCUGACCCUCUCCUCAACCGGAGUUCUUCCAUCAACCUUGCAUCAGCUUUUAUCUGCGGCCCCGCAUCUUGAGAGCCUGGUGGUUGUCCAGGAGGUUUCCCGGUCAUUCCCCAUGGAGCAGAUACCUCCUCUUGCAUCUCAAUCGCUCCGACUGCUGCAUUAUGAAAUCGUAUCCGAGACCGAAACACACGGAGUACCCUCGACAGCCGCAUCAUACUACACCUAUCUGAUUUCCUCACUGAUGUCGCAGUCCCUCCCGGCACUUCGCGAUCUUUAUGUUCGCGACUCAAACUUCCCAGAUACUCUGCUACUUGCACCUCCCCCUCGACUUCUGGAUGGCGGACCUGGCAGCAGUGGUCUCACACAACCGCUGAAUGUGUACAGCAAGGGCCUCGACGAGCUCGAGUGGAACUUCACACCCUACCAACCCGAUGCGGGACCAGGGCCUCAGACACCGCGCACGCGCCCAGUGAGCUUUCAGGAAGCACAGUUGAGCCGAUCUUGGGGAGGUGAUGCGCGCAAAAGUGUGCUUGUAGGUAACGGCUUUGGCGGGUUCCUAGCCGUACCGGCGGAAGAUGAAUUCUCGUCACCCAAGAGCAGCGGGGGAUCUAGACGGGCCAGUCGGCAGGAUUUAUGGCGAUAA